GGUUCCCCGCUGAUUUUGGCAGAAGAGUAAUAUGGAACAGGCGUUGGAGAGCAAGACAACUACAACUUGUGUUUAUACACAAGCUUCACAGGAAUAUUUUCAGACAAAAACUGAGGUAACUAGAAAGUAUGCAAGAUAACAUCCAAGGAAGGAAACACUGUGAGCAGACUUCAACCUGACACCCCAUCCUUCAUAAAGUAAGAGCAACUUUGUUCCAGGAGGAAAAUGGACUUCACAGGGAGAAGGGCGAAGACUCGAUCGGCUGAGGGCUGGUUCCAGGGACACACAGGAUACGGUGUCUCAGACUCGAUGGCAGGGCGGGUGCAGAAAGAUGGAAGCCACUUCUUGACAAAUCACUCUACCUGGAACAAUUUGUCGAGGAAGAGGAAAGCAGCCUUUGAAGCGCUGUCUGGAAAAGCUACGAGCGACUGGGGUGUGGCACCUGAAUGGGAAAUGCCAGAAUGCAGUGUCCCGUGUGAGGGGGUCUCAGACACUAGGGUUAGUUCCAAGCAAAUGGAGAGCAACUGUAACUCUUCCAGCAACCGGGCAAGAUGCAGUCGCUAUGCUCUGGGUGGAGGCGUGGAUCACCAAGGGACCCUGCUGAGGAAUCAAAUCGGGUGCAAGAUUGCGCCGGCCACGAAAUCUUGUAGAGGCCUGAAGCGAAGGCGAUAUCGGAAGAGGUGGAAGCUGAUGCAGGCCUUCCACAUGCUCCUCUAUCGCCGGAUUUCUCCCUUGACGUUCCACUGGAGGAUCUGGAACUUGUUCAGGAAGCGGCGAGCGCCGCGGCUUUACGGGGUCAAACACGGGCAGCCCGAGGCUUGCCAGUCAGCCGGUGAAGGAUCCGGGAGCGUAGGGAACGCUCGACCGCAGGAAUGGGAAGCCCGGCCAAAGUAUCAGGAGGAAGGUGAGGUGCUGCGGACUGGGGUGGUUUCCGGCUAUCGCCUGGGUGCCUCCAGCCCGUGCUCGGAAAGCUACAAAGCCGCCCGUUCCCUGGAGGGAAGCAACAACCUGUGGCUGAAACCUGGAAGCAAAAGCCCAAACGUGAGGCCGCCGGGCCUGUCUGUCACCAAUUGUCCAUCCUUGCCCAAGGACUUCAGACUCUUAAAUCAAGGGGGCACCUUGGAAAAUGCCGGCCACCCGACUGCAGCACCCGUCUCAUUCAGGGGCAGCAUGCCGGCUGACUUUUCAGAGAAACCAAAGGAGGGCUUGAAUGCUUUAAUGCAGACCAACAGCCACGGUCUUUCUGGGCCCGGCCGAACAUUGGGUGGCAUGGAUCACGGAGAAAAUGCUCACCAGGCCCAAGGUGCAAGGCUGUUGGGAAAGCUGCCCAUGGACCGAGAGCACCCCUUGUAUUCCCGGUAUGUGGCGCGGCAGAAGGACACGCUGCAGGUUUGCCGAGACGAAGCCGGUGGCGACAAUUUGACCCACAGUUCGAUUCACCUCGGCGCUCAGGAGCAGGCGAGAGGACUUUUGCCCGGUCGUUCGAAGCCAGCAGAGGCGGGCAUCUCCGUUGGCCAAAUGCCAUUCAGUGGCGUUGGAGAUAUGCUCGGAGUAAACGGGCACCCACUGAGCGACCCUGAUGAAGCUCCACCCUCGGACGUCAGCGCUCAAUGCCAGCGCACCGUUGGAGACGACAAUGGCAUUGUCAUCAGUCACGUGUGCAGCAUCGGCUCCCAGAUGGUGGAGCAGCUGUUUGGCGACGAGGAGGACAGCGGAGAGGGCAGCUCGGCAAGCGGUAGCAAGCAAAAGCACGAGUCCGACGGCCAAGCAAGUGGUGUUGGAGAAUCGGUGACCGAAGGAGCUGCUACCGGGCAGUCAAAGACCAGUGAUCGACCCAGCACCAGCCACGUGUCGACAUUGAGCAAUGAGCAUAUAGCUUGCAUUCAUGGCCUCCUGGAUGAGUAUAUCCAAACCUAUGGCAGCUUAAUACCCCUGAACACUGACGAGGUCAUUGAGAAACUACAGGAUGUUUUUGAAGAAGAUUUCUCCACCCCGCACAGGAAGAACAUGAUUCAGCAUGUGAUGCAGUCAUACCACCGAAUGAUCGGCAACAAUGCUGUGCGAAACUUUCGAGUCACAUACAAGAGGCAUGUGCUCACCAUGGAUGACCUCUCCACUUUGUAUGGGCAAAACUGGCUUAAUGACCAGGUCAUGAACAUGUAUGGAGACCUGGUUAUGGACACCGUCCCUGAUAAGGUUCACUUCUUCAACAGCUUUUUUUAUGACAAGCUGAGAACCAAGGGCUACGAUGGGGUGAAGAGAUGGACUAAAAAUGUUGACAUUUUUAACAAAGAUCUGCUCUUGAUUCCCAUCCACCUGGAGGUUCACUGGUCUCUGAUCUCCGUUGAUGUCCGUGAAAAGACAAUAACAUACUUUGACUCCCAGCGCACCCUGAACAGGAGGUGCCCCAAGCAUAUUGGGAAAUACCUGCAGGCAGAGGCCAUCAAGAAGAAUCGUCAUGAUUUCUACGAUGACUGGAAGGGAUAUUUCAAAAUGAAUGUUGCAAGGCAAAACAAUGACAGUGAUUGCGGAGCCUUCGUAUUGCAGUUCUGUAAAUGUCUGGCUCUGGGUCAACCGUUCAGCUUCACCCAGCAGGACAUGCCCAAGCUGCGGCGCCAGAUCUACAAGGAACUUUGCAACUGCAAGCUCACUGUGUGAGGAGCCCGCUUCCGGAGGAUGGCCAACACAAACCUAGCAUUGGGUGAUCGACCAGACAAACGCACCCUUUUGUGAACAUUACAAGGAUGGUGCAAGUUAAGAAGACUUGAUUAAACAAUCUUGGUCUUCAAAUGUGUUGAAACAUGAAACUUUUUUUCUUUUUUUUAAAAAAAACAAACUUUUUUUUCUAUGCCAUAUUUUUUCAGUUAUUUAAGUGUUGUUCAAUUUUGAAAUUCUGGUUAGCUGUAUUGUAUUAUCACACCAGGAUUACAGGACUAAAAGGCAGCAACAGAUAUAUGUGAAGGCUUUGGGUUAUUUAGUAUCUUUAAAGCUGUCUAAUGGCUGGGUUGUAAACUGGCGGAGGAAGUGAUUAUGCAGGAUCGGUGACUUUCCAUAUGGACCAUCAGUUUUAAUUCGAGGCUUACUUGUCACUUGGGAUUAUUUUCCACAAGCUCUCGGUCAGCCCUUUCAGUGAAAUGGCUUGGUGCAGUGAAUCCUUCCAUCUUUGGGAUGGGUAGGGGAGCAAGCAUGAUGCUGCCCAUCUUGUAUGGUUAUGCUGUCAUCUCAAUUGUCAACAAGCAUUGCUCACAGUGGUCAUGGAGAGGCUGCGGCCUUGUGCGGUGGGGAACGGAAGAGGAUACCUGUGAGGAUUUUAAAAUAAAGGAAAGUUGCACCUAUUGACGUAUGGUCAAAUUAAUGUGAAAGUGGUGGUUAGUCACUUUCCAAAUCCACCAAAUCCUCUUAAAGAUGUUGUUUGGUGUUUUGUUCUCUUUGGUGUCUUUUUCAGUUUAUAUGUUUAAAACAAAAAGCUGGGAUUUAAUAUUGUGACCAAAAUGUAGAUUUGUUAAAGCCUUUAGGUUUGCUUUUGAAUGGAGAAGGAAGAUGCAGUAGCCUGUCAGCAUUAACCACGUGUACCUCACCAACUGAGUCAGUGUGGUACCAUCUCCCUUCAGUACUACGCCCGUAGUAAAAGUUUGAUCGGUCAUAUUAUUAUACUUGUAACACUCACCAAGCAUCGCUCUUAAGUGUCCACACAGUUUGGUAGUACCCUGUAAGUAAGUGUUUCUGUAUGAAGAAAAUGGGGUUUUGGUGGGUGGGGGCAGGCAGGGAUUACAGGGAGGGUGCAGAAGACCACUGAAUAUCAGUUUUGCUUUGUGAAAUCUUUGUUAUAAAAAAUUUCAACACAUGCAGCAUUAAGUGAGCUAUCUUCUGCCUGCUCCCCUAUCACACACUAUGGCUUUAAAAAAUAAAAUAUUGGAUAGCAAUUUUUUUAUUUUAAGUUCUUGGUGGAAAUUCAAAAUGAAACUCUGGCAUUUGAGCUGCGUUUUGAGUAGUCCCUGAGACACCUAGUUAUGUUUUCAGUGUACAGUAAUGGAUAGCUGAAAGAUACUUUCCAAAACAAAUUUCUUUAGCUUUGAUUUAUGAAAUGUGUUUUGCUGGUGCCCUCCUUGCUAAUCUGAACACUAGCUUCAUGAGCAGUCCUUGCUAGCACCUGCUGCUUCUGUGGCUCCCAAAGGCAGAGCUGCAGAGAAAGUAUCACAUACUGAGAUUGUUUUGCUCACUUAACCUUUUCAUCACUGGGGCUGAAGUUCAAAUCCAGCGCAGACCAAGACCAUGAAGGACUCUUCUGUCUGCUGCAUGUAAAGGUCCUGUCUAAAGCAAAGCAGGGCUUAGUGAGCAUGGGUUCAUCACACAAGCUACUAUUGAAGUGGCAGCCUCACUCAAACUGCAACAGUGACAGUUAUAAGAAGUAGAACCGUCACUGGGGAUUGUUGUUCCAAGUUCAGGAUGAAGGGACUUUUGUUGGGACAGAGGGAGUUUUACUUGGUAUCAGUCCAUGCUGUACCUAAUUUUGGAGGGCUCAAUGUUGACAGUGGGAAAGUAUUCUAUCUCUCAGUGCUGCUAAGUUCCAUCAUCGGUGUUUAAAGUUGCAGAGGAGGUGUCUGCUAUACUUGGACGAUGUUCAAUGUGUGCAUUUUAAAUUCUGUGGUUGUAAUUCUUAUACGCCCCCUCUGUGCAAUAGCUGUCCUAACUGGCUGCUUCAUGGAAGGGGAUGAGGGGGUUUAAAAGGCAUAAGUGUGGAACAGUGUUUGAACUUCAGUUGAUCUUGAUACCCUGUUUUAUGUAGAGGUGGAAAGAUGCUGGAUUAAUAAGUGAAGUUAUUGGAUCUAUUCAAAGGCAUAAGAUUUUGUUGUGUAUUUUUUGCUCUGUUCUGGGAAGGGAAAGCUCCACUGAAGCCUUUUGUUUGUGCCAAAACUGAGAUUUACACCCUCCAAUACUCUUUCAAUUGCAACUAUUAAUGAGCUCAGUUUUUGCUUGGAGGAGGAAUCCAUCAGUAAAUAUUGUCCAUUUUUAGGGGUUUCUGUGGGCCAGUCUUAAUUUUCCUACAUGCUUAAGUGCAAUCAUUCUGUGGCCUGAACCUUAGAGUCUGGCAAUGUCUCCUGAAUCUCUCAAACUGCAUGUUCUACAGUUCCAGUCUGAAAAUAGCAAUCUUGCGGCUAAGUAGACAGAAGCAACAGUUGGAUGGAUGCAAACGUUUAAGUCCUAUUUCCUUUGUUAUACAUUUUUUAAGGGGUGCAAGCUUUCCCAUUACAAAGACAAAGUUUUAUAUUUUGGAGUAAACACUAAUUGGGGGUUUGGGGUUGCUGAAACCUUGUGUGUCUCAGUUGGGUUGCUUAAUCUUAGUGAUUUUAGUGUAAAGGAGUGAGCAACUCAUUUUGCAGCUCAUGGAAUAUGAUGUGUGAAACUGAUUUCUCUUGGUCUUCCUCCCCCCUCCCUCUGUCUUGGAAAUAGAUUGCAUUUGUACAACGCCUUAUCGUGUCACAAAGUGUGUCACUAAAAAGUUUGGUGAUUCUUAUUAUAUAGGCAAAUACAUAACCUGCAAAAGAGAAUCCAUAAAAUUAAAUGGUUAAAAUCUCUACUAGAUUAUUGGGGAGUAGACUUUGACAAUUGCAUGUUUCCUCCUGCUAUUGUAUUUCCAUCCGUCUCUUAACUCUGGUCAACUUUGUCAAGCUUCUGGUCUUGGAGUUGGGUCUCCUGGAGCUGCAAGGUGAAACCUGGACCCUGUUGAAAGAGAUCUCACAAUGGAGCAGCAUCUUCAUUUGUCAGGAUGUGUUGAAUUGCUGCAUAAAAGUGAGUUAAUUCCCAGCUGGUGUGUCAGCUGGAACUGAUGUUAAGUGACAAUUUGGUUGGGAAACAAAACUUGGAAACUAUUUAAGGCAAGAAGAAUUUCCAUUACUAAGCAGAGAUUUGGUCCAUGUUAAACCUGACUUGCCUGAUUUUUUUUUUUUAACAAGUAGCGUAACUUGUACCUGGUUUACAUCUAUAGCAAUCAUACUUUAGUGAAGUUGAAAUGAAUCCAACUCUGCAGUGUUUGCAUCCACAAAAGAUGCUGCUGGGAUUGAUGUGUCUGUGGAUCCAAACAAUGGCAAAAGUGAGAAAAUAUGGCCAAGGAUUAUACCACUUGAUCUUAGGUUUGCCUUUUAAACCUAGAAGGGUGAGAACCAUUUGUACUGUUUCAGCCCGUUCAUCAUAUCUCCGUCUGAAUAAAAACAAAAAAUAUUGCAAGAUAGGGGGUGUCCACAAGUCUGGGCAGAGAGCUAAACCUUCAAUCAUUUAUAUGAAGCCACUUAUACAAGAGCUUACAGCUGAUAUGGCCUUUGAAAGUGGAGUCUGCAAUACCACAUCUUCACAUCUCGGGUUUUGUUGUGACUAUUGUGCAAUCACAGUAACAUGCCGUUUCUGUUAGAUUUGUAACAAUUGUCGAGGGUAUUACAUAGCUGUAGAUUGUGAAGUGUCAGCAAAGCGCUUGCCUGCAAUUUGCAUUCUGCCUGAUAGAGAAAUCUGUGCAUACAUACUGCACCUGGCUGGUCAAUAUUUAAUGUUUGAAAGUGCAGGCAGGUGCAGCUGCUCUCUCAACCUUCAGAGAAACUGCACUGAGUUUCUAAAGUGCUUGGGAGAUCCAUCAGAGCACUGGUUUUAAAACCCAGCUGCUCUCUCACAACUGGAAUUAUUUUAAAACUAAACGCUGGAAAUUCUCAGCAGGUCAUACAGCAUUUAUGCAGAGAGGAAAAGAGUUAAUAUUUCAGGUCAAUACCUUCAGGUUAACUCUGUUUCUCUCUACACAGAUGCCUAUCCUGCUCAGUUUCCAGCAUUUUCUGUUUUAUUUCAGAUUUCCAUAUCUGCAGAAUUUUGCUUUUGUAUUGGGGUUACGCUUUACUAUGUUGAGCUCUCAAAGGUGCCUUGGCUUUAAUGCCAGGAAUGCAACCUUGGUCUGAAAUAUUGUGCCGUUAUUGUGUUGAUGUGUUUACAUUGAUGCAAAUGUGGCAGAAGAAAUGCAUCCUAAUCCCAGAAUCGAAUUGACUCACUUCUAGGGAAGUGAGGGAGGAGAAAGUGUAAGGCUGGAAGCUGAAGGCUCUCCAUCCAGAGAAAAGCAACCAUGGAAACAAUGGUCAAACUUCCAUUUGUGUUACAUGGAAUUCUGGGGUUUUUAACCUGUAUUUUCAGGAUGAUAUUUCACGCUUUAUUCCCCAAAACUACAAACCCAUGGCCUUGCUCCUUUUUUUCUGAAGUGGGGUUAGGGAGGAGAGGAUUAAUGGGAAUGAAGAAAAUGGAUACAGCCAAAAGACAGUGAAGGACCAGAGGUGUAAGUGCACCAAGUAUUACUUUUCUGAGCCAUUGUUUUAGGGAAGCUGAAAAAUAGAAGCUAAAAGUAAGGGGGAGAAUUCUAGUUCCCCUGUGAAUAAUAGACCCUCGUCAGCCCCACUAUAUUUUCCAUCAACACCUCCCUCCCCAUUAAAACAUUGGGUCUUUGCUUCGCUCAUCCUGAUUGCAGCUGGCAAUCUGGAUGGAUCUCAUGAUAGUGAAAGCCUUGAGAGCAGACUUGGGAACAUUUCUAAAGCCAAAAGAUGUACCCUCAGGCCCAGCAGCCAGUGCAUAAGUCAUACUCCAAACUGUUGGUCACAAGGUGGUGAAAAUGGAGGGCUGGGGUGGGAUGAGUCACCUGGCAUUGUGCUGCAUGGGGAGUACACUUACCUGCUUCUAGCCUCCUUCACCUGUUCUGGACCCUUCAGCAUCACUCUGCUCUCAGUUGACACUCUCCCAUUGCCCUGUUUCAAGCUCCAUGAAUUCUGUUCCCCUCUCUUGGGCUGCAGCUUCCAUCCAUGCACAGCAGUGGCAAUGUGUGAUUAUCAGUUACAUUUCAUGCUGUUUGGGAGCUGAGAGGGAUAGAUGUGGAAAGUAUGGUGGGGGUGGGUUCAACUUGUACAUGGGUUGUUUUACAUUUGAGCAUAUCUGAUAUAAUACAGACAUGAAGGUUUAUUGUGUUUAAUCCUCCUGUUCCCAAUAUUCUUCUUGUAUGAAUAUCACUGUUGUACUGAAUUGAAUUUUCCUAUCCCUUGUAUUGACACAAUAAAGAUCUGAGUCUUGAGCAUCUA